GGUACAAGUUGUUCGGCAUUUAUUUUAUUCGUAAAACAUCAUCAAUUCGCUUGGAGUACGUAACCCAACAUGAGUAAAUCCUUGCAACUUUCUGUCACCGUUCUAUGCAUCUUCACCAUCCUCGUUCUAGGGGAGAUAAGGAUGGCAAAGGGCCAACCAUUGGGGAAGAUGGAAAAUUGUUAUGAGAUCCUAAAAUGGGGAGAAUGUGUACCCAAAAACUGUGCCUUUUCAUGUACACUCAAGAGACAUGGCAAGGGUGAUUGCAUUCGAGCCUACGAUGAUAAUCGCCCCGGUUGCAUCUGCUAUUAUACUUGCUGACGCUCUUAA